AUGGGCGACGACGCGGACGAUCGAAGCGGGGGCGUGAGCGCGGUGAGCGCUUUGAGUUUAUCAGUCGUGAGCAGCGUGUCGUUGGUCAUCGUGAAUAAGCGAUUGAUCAGCGAGUACGGGUUCAGAGAGGUGACUUUUCUGACCGCCAUGCACAUGGUGCUCACGGGAUUGGUGUUGCGAUUCGCGUCGAAGAUGGGGUACUUUGAGAGGAAACCGGUGGCGCGCGGGGAGGUGAUCAAGUUUGGGAUUUUGAACAGCGCGUCGGUGGCGCUGUUGAAUCUCUCCUUGGGGUUCAACUCGAUUGGGUUUUAUCAGAUGACCAAAUUGAGCAUCAUCCCGGUGACCGUGGGGUUACAGAUGAUGUAUUUUAACAAGAAGUUCAGCGCCGGGGUGAAGAUGAGCUUGAUGGUCUUGAUCUUUGGCGUCGGCGUGUCGACGGUUACCGACGUCCAACUCAACGCCACGGGCGCGGUGCUCGGGGCGUUAUCCGUCAUCACGACGUCUUUGGGGCAAAUUCUCACCGGAUCAUUACAACAAAAGCUCGGUUUGAGCUCGACCCAGCUCCUGUGCGCGUCGGCGCCCUGGAUGGCGCUCACGCUCGCCGUGCUCGCUCCGCCGGUGGACGGAGCGCUCAACGGCGGCGACUUACUCAAAGCCAACUACCCCCCCGAAGUGCUCACCAUCGCCGCCAUCUCCUGCGCCCUCGCGAUCGCCGUAAACUUCGCCACCUUUGCCGUCAUCGGCAAGUGUUCCGCCGUCACGUACCAAGUCGUCGGCCACCUCAAGACGAUUCUCAUCUUGUCCUUUGGUUUCGUCGUCUUCGGCGACCCGCUCGUCGCCAAGAACAUCCUCGGCAUCGCCCUCGCCCUCGUCGGGAUGGUCUUAUACGCCAGGGCCGAGCUCCGCGAUCGCGCCGCCGCCGCCCGCGCCGCGGUCGAGGACGACGCCACCCGCGCCAAGGCUUCGGCGUAG